AGCUAUACUCCACUAGCUUAGACACUUCAAAUAUAGCGUGUUUCGUUUUCCAAGCGCCAGCGUGCCAAGGGGAUAGUGAGGAAAAUAGCUGGCAUCCACUUUUGCAGACACCUCUGUGAUGGUUAUAUGGACACUGGAUGUACCUAUCUUGGCUGCUCAUUUAUUCGACCGUCUACUGAACGACGAGCAUGUCCCAAGAAUUGCUAGAUAUGAAACAUGAGGUGUCUCGGAGCGCUAACCCAUCGAUGUAUAUAGCUGAUGAGCCUGCACCAUCGUAUUCACAGCUGGAAGACGGGGCGCCGGGGCAGGAUUCGGCGCCUUCAAUGGGGAGCUCUUCGCGCGUUGUCCGCGGCAAUGCCAGACAAACCGACCACACCCCGCCACAAAGUGCUGGGGCUGAUCGGCCUUCCAGCGUGACGGCCUCGUCCCUACCAAGCCGCGAGGCCUCCAUGAGCGGCUGCAGGCCCAUCAGCGGGCCAGGCCCGGAGGUCAACGGCAUCACAUCCCAAUCCCUUGCCCCACGCGGCCCGGUCCCCGGCACAAGCGACAGCCACGGAACCGCGGGGUGGGCGGCACCCUGGUCUGCCCAAGCCAACCGCCCUCCCAGCGCCCUCUUCCUCACCGCUGUUGCCCAUGCUGGGGGCAACCUAGCCAACCCGGCAGACGCGGCCCCCAACCCCAAAGCUCCGGAACGCAGGACCUCCUCCUCCACAACUCCUCGGUUACCCGAGAUUCCGGGCGCGGCCGCCUCCUCAACAGGCGCCUCAGGCGACCCGCAGCCGCGGGCAGUCGACCCCCGGCCGGUCACUGCAACUGACGAGCUCCUGGCCGCUGCUGUCGCCCGGCUUCAUCGGGAGUCCGGUGAGCAGGAGCAGCAGCAGCCGCAAACGGCGCUGACGCAGCAGCAGCGGCAGCAGGCGCAACUGCAAGACCCGCAGCCGGUGUUAAACAGCAAGUCACCGCUGAUGGCCGGCAACACCGCGAUCGCACUGGGUCUGCUGGGGUCGGGGCCGCUGGCGCCGUUGUUCGAUAACGGGCGGCCUAGCUUCCGGGCCCGACAGCCCUCUGUUGUCCUGGAGUCUGCAGGCCGCCGACGGCUGGUGUCGCGGGAUGGUUGCGUCUCUCCAACCGCUCUGGGAACCCCGGCAGCAGCAGGCGCCGGCGGUGUGGGCGGCGGCGUGAGGACGCCUGCGGCGCUCGGCUCCCCCACCGGCCGGACGCUCCAGGACAGUGCCAGCUACCGAGGCCUCAACCCGGACUCCCUCACUCGCACUGCCACCCUGGCGUCAUGGCCCCAAGACAGCAGGCGCUCGCUGACCUCAAGCAACCCGCAGCGCCCGAGCUCCUCCUCUCCGCUGUACCCCUCCCCGCCGCCGUCAGCACCCCACAGUGCCGGGUUGCCAGCAGGCAGCGGUGCGGCGGGCGCCGGCGGGCUCAGGGACGGCCUUAGUGCGGGCCGAACCUCCGGGCACAUAACAUAUGGCACCCUGAGUAGCGCGGUCGCCAUAUCGCAGCCGGGCAUUGCCUCCUCCUCCUCCAGCCACCCAUCAAGAGAGCCCUCUGCACAUGCAACCCACAGCAGCACGGCAGUAGCCCAUGUCGGCUACGCAGCCGAUGUGGUUCAGGACCAAACAGGCAACCAGCCACCGCAACAGCAGGCUGGGACCGCCACCGCAACAGCAGUUAUCACCACCACAACCACCACCACCUCCUCUGCGACAUCCAACGGGCGCACCAGCUUUGCCGGCGGCGGCGGCGGCGCAGCCUCCCACCUCCCACCGGGAGCUGCGCCGCCAGCCAAACGCAGGGCGCGCAUGCAGGCCUACAGCGCGCGCCGACGGACCCAUGGGUCACCAACUCUUUCGCCCGAAGCCUCGGAGCAAAUGGCACCUGUGCUGCAUCUCAGUACAGUCAGUCCCAUGCUGGCUCUAGAGCCGCUGGAGCAGCCCAAGCAUGCCCUGGCGCAUGUCAUGCGAGUGCUCCACAUGCGGUCGGGUAUGUCAACCAUGAUCACCAGACACUACGUGGAGGUAUCACACCAUGUGGGGGCUCGGCAAGCGGGCAUGUUGCCGCAUGCAGCGCAUUCCUUCCCGGCGCCCAUGCUGCCCAGCGUGCCGCGCUUUACACCACUCCCGCAGCAGCAGCCACCAGCGCAGCCGCUCCGGCCGCUGCUGGCUCGUUCCAAAGCGCGAGGCGUGUCUGCUCGGAACAACGCCGCAGCUGAGCCGCGACGGCCCAACAGUCCGCCGUUCGCAAGGCCUUCUCAAGGCCGUGCUGCAGUACGGCAAGGGCAGGUAUCGGAUGCCUCUGGCUACAUGUCGGGUGACGCGGCCGCUGCCGCCACUGCUGCUGCGGCAUCAACAGCAGCUGCAUGGUCGCCAUACGGACAGGGCUCAGGCCCGAUCGAUGCUGCAGCGGAGGCAGCGGAAGUCGGUGCGGGGGCCACGUCUCCACGCACGCAACCGCCCACCGUUACCGUGCCCAGGAGGCCCAUUCCGUACAGCGCAGCUGAGACGCCCAUCGUGUCGCCGACGUCGCUUCAGGGCCGAGCCGCUGCGCACGCAGCCGCCAUGGCCGCCGGCGGCGGGGGGCACUACGGUGCCAUACAUGCAGCCGGAGGAGACUCCCCCAUUCGCGGAGGUGUUGCACAGCCGCUUGCAAGCUCGGUGGAUGGUACGCCCACGCUCACUUUGAUAGAGGAGAAGGGGGCCGUGGGGCCACGCCAGCCGCGCGCGCGGUCGCCGCAUGCGCAACAGCAGUUGGCCAUGGGCGGGCCCUUCAGUUUAAGACGGACGGUCUACUAUGACUGGGUUGAGAGCACGCCGCUUGCGGAACGGCUUGGGGCGGGGAAUGUGGGUGGUGUGAUUGCAAACGGGUUAGAGGGCAAGGCGCUGGUGCUCAAGCGGCAGCUGCCGGAUCGGUCGUCACCUGUCUACUUCAAACCCGCGUACCAGAAGCCGCUGUUGGGCGGGGAUGUGUUGCAUGUGCUCUAGCGUGUCGGGCUGCGAAGAGGGUGAGGAGGUGUGGACGAGGCACGGCGCCUCCAGGGUACCGGUACUGCUUGUGGCGUUGUGGAGCUUUGUAUCUUCUACAAUCUUGAAUUAGAGCAUGUAGCAGCCGCAUGCUGUCUUUCCUCAGCUGCCUUGCCGCUGUUAAUGGCUGUUUAUCUGCGGUCGUGAAGGGAUGUGGACCGUUUUCGCGCUCAGGGAACACCGCUCACUGCAGGGCUGUAUGCCGACGACUUACGUCAAAUUCCUUUGCAGACGACGCAUGGCGUGCGAUUUCUCCUUGGUACGCCAGUCCGAUUGGACGAAUGCGGCUCGGCUGCGGUUCUUGGGUUUCCUUAUUGUUGGCUAUUGUAUUCCAGUUGGCUACAUACAGCAAGGCUCGGUUGUCGGUGGUGGUGGAAGGUAUUGUUUGUGAGGACGUUUUAUGAGGAGGAAUGAUGUGCAUGAAACGCUAGUGCAUUGGUGUAUUGUGGUGCUGAGAGACGCACCUGCCAAUAGCGCAGUCGCCUUGUUAGUACGGUUAGUACGCACCCUUUUGGUCCGUCUGCGGAAUCUUUAUUAUCCGGCUUGUAUAAUGGAUGCAUCUAGAUGUGGCGAAAUGCGUUCUCCUGAGGCUAUACGGUCGCUUGGGGGCUUCAUCUGAAUUAUUAAGGUUACUUGUAGGCUCUUGAGGUUAAAAGAUGGCAUGGGGGCCGUUGCAGCUUGGGAUUCGCCAUGGGGUUCACUGCAGCACAGGUCUCCCAGCUGCAGACGGCCGCAUGCUGCCUUUUGGGUUUGGUGCACAGUUGGUUAGCGAGUGUUGGGAGUUGGUGGCUCUAGGUCUGUGACCAUGGCUAUGGCAGGGCCCGAAGAUGUACCUGCAGUGCAUGGCUGGUUCAUACCUGUCGUUGAAGUUUGCGUUGCAUGGAGGUACGUUCUUGUCCUAGUCGGCCGUAGCUGGUAAGGUUUUCUAAUCUUGCUGAUGCUCUCGUUUUUGCCGGUUUUUGCUGUAGCACUGGGUACCGUAAUGACGACAAUGUGAUGUGGAGCCAACGCUCCCUACCGGAUUAAUAAGCGACAUGCUUGCAAGCCUGUAAAUGUUUGGUCC